AUGGGCGAAGAUUCACAAAUUGAUGGAGAACCAAGAGAAGAUUUUUCAAAAAUGGAUAUAGACGAAAAUCACAUAUUCCACCUACCUCUUGGAUGGGCACUUAAAUGCAAUCAGAAAUAUGGAAAAAAAGGUAGUGGAAAAAGGCUAGCAAAAGAAGUAGUAGCGGCAUUGACUCACUUUUUUAUGGUGGAACAAAGCGAUCCUAGUGAUUGA